UACUCGUUCAGCUGGCUCUGAGUUGCAGUGGCAAGUACUUGCGUCGUCGAGCAGUUAUAACAUGCUCCGACGGCUUGUAAAACUAAUUGCACCUGGAUCAUUGUCGUCGAAAAAUUUUCCGCGCUUUUCGAGCUCUGGCACUGUUCUUGCGAAAGACCUGGAGGUUCAUGCAGAUAGUUUGGAUGCAAAAGAGGCAGCAGACAUCUACCGAAAAUAUGGCUGUCUGGUAGUGCGUGGUCUCAACGUGAAAUACGUAGACGACAUCAGACGAACAGUCGAGUUGCAAGCCGAGCAGUCAAUACAAUUACUACCCGAAAAGAAAAAGAUACCAGAAGGCUGGCUAACAUCAGAUGGCACUCUCUUCAUACCUGCUCCAGAAGGGUCAUCAAGAAAGGAGCAGAUCAUGGUUCUAGGUGUUGAUUACUUCACAUGUGCUGCAUUACUGGCUGCAAGUAUUGAUGAAAAGUGCCUAGACAUUGUGGAACAAAUCAUUGGCCCUAAUGUGGAGCUGUUUGGUAAAGGCCAGAUUUUGUACAAAGAGCCAUCAGGAGGCCAUGCAAAGUUUAUGCAUCAGGAUUCAGCAUACUUUGAAUUUGCGAAGGAUGGUCCUGUAGGUACACUCAAUUACUGCAUUGACACUAAUUUGAGCUUGAACAAUGGUCCUCUCUUUGUUGUGCCUGGGAGUCACAGGCAGGGGUAUAUAGAUCAUAUUGACACUCAUUCUCACCUUGCGCUAGAUCCUGAGAUCUGGCCUUUCAAUAGAGGUGUUCCUAUUGAGGGAAAGGCAGGUGACACGAUUUUCUUUCAUGUUCACACAGUCCAUGGGUCUCAGCACAACUGUUCUGCCAGCCCUCGUCCUGUUUUCAUCAACAGAUACCUGAGACCGGAUGACUACCAAACAAUCCAAGCCACGAGUGUUAAGAUGAGAAGCGAAGCAAAAGAAAAGCUAGCAGAGAGAGCUGGAAAACCUCCUCUCAAAGAAAGAUGGUAGCUUUAGGUAAUAAAACAGCACUCUUUGCCAGAAGACUGUAGUGUCUACAGUUGAGGAAAAGAUUAAAAUUGAUGAGAAUAAAUUGUUGAACCUUUGUGUGGCACAAGUCAACAGAAGAAUGGCAAGCUUGUGGAGAGUGAGGCACAUCAAUUGUAAUGAUCUGGGAUAGGAACGCCUUAUGAGGCAGUUGGCCUCAUUGGCAGUAUCAAGGGAACCGUAGAUGGUGCAAAAUAUUGCCAAAAUUCUUGGAUUGCUGAAUGAAAUUACAAUACCAACCAUAUUACAAGAUAACAAUCUGCCCUUUAGCCAAGAUUUUUUAUUGUUUUGAGUGGCUGUUAAAUUAAAUUAUUACUGAUUUAUUUAAAUUGUAUAGAGUUGUUGGUGUCAGUACAGAAGGUGA